CUGAAGUCAAAUUGACGUUUUGUCGGUCGGUGUGUUUGUUUGCUUUUAUUUUACUGUUUGAAUGUAAAUGUUAAUGAAUUUGCCGAAUAAAUAUAUAAUAAACACCUUGUAGGUUUAACUACGACUAGUAAAACUUAUAACCAGCAAGAUAGGUGAUCCAGAGAUGUCUGCGUUGCAAAAAAGUAUUAUGAAGAGCAAAUUGCCUCCAAGAUGCCCUAGAAGUUUUAAACAGAAGCUAGCUCCAUUUGGUAUGAGUCGUUGCAAGAAUUACCAGCCAGAGUCGUGGAAGAGGUUCUUCCACCGGACGGAGGACGUCGAGACAGAGGGUGGGACGUUCCGGGUGUAUCUUACAUCAGAACCAGAUCAUCCUCUGAGGCCCAGGAUAGUAACUUUGCAUGGAGGUGGCUAUUCAGGCUUGAGUUGGGCCUUGUUUGCAGAAGAAGUCACAUACAUGGUACACUGUCAAGUGAUAUCAAUAGACAUCAGAGGGCACGGGGAGACGCAAGCAAAGGAUCCUGAUGACAUGAGCGCAGAGACUUUAGUCAAAGACGUAGAGCAAGUGCUACAGAAGCUGUUUGGUGAUGAGAUGCCCCCUCUAAUCCUGGUGGGGCAUUCGAUGGGAGGUGCUAUCGCGGUGCGCGCGGCGCAUCUGCCUUCAUUGCAGCACUAUGUACAGGGGCUUGUCGUUAUUGAUGUCGUGGAAGGUACGGCGAUGGAGGCGCUGGCGAGCAUGCAGAGCUUCCUGCGCGGCCGCCCCACGCACUUCAAGAGCAUCCGCCACGCCAUCGAGUGGUGUGUCAGAAGUGGCCAGGUGAGGAACGUUUCGUCUGCCAGAGUGUCAAUGCCCAGUCAGAUUGUCAACGUGGAAACGGGCCUCCUAUCCACGCGGGAGCUCGAAGACAUGUCGCUGGACGACUCGGAGGCGGACGGCGUUCCGCUCGCGCGAGCAGACUCCAUCGCCGAGGAGGACGAGCCGCCCGAGUCGCCCGACGACCUCGAGCCGGAGCCCGAGCCCGCGAGGGUCAAGCAUGACGAGCCCGUGUUUGUGAAGCCUAGCGAGGACCUCAAACGCUACAAAUGGCGCAUCGACCUGUCCGGCACCGAGCGCCACUGGGCGGGCUGGUUCCGCGGGCUCUCGGCUCUGUUCCUGUCGGCGCCCGCGCCGCGCCUUCUGUUGUUGGCUUCCAUCGACGGGCUGGACCGCGAGCUCACCGUCGGACAGAUGCAGGGUAAAUUCCAAAUGCAAGUGCUAACGCGCUGCGGACACGCGGUGCACGAGGAUACUCCGGAAGAGGUGGCGCGUGUGGUGGCAGCGUUCGCUCUACGACACCGGCUGACUUCGGCAACCGAGUCCGGAGAGAAUAUGAACCUGGUCGCUGCUCCUGGAUGCUAAAUAACUACAGAAAAACGGUACGCAGUCACGAGGCUAUCUAUCAGUUACAAAUAACCUAAAAAGUUUAUAAGUAAUUGGGAACUUUACUCACAAUAUUAACCAGUAAUUGUAAACUACAGACCAUGGUUAAAUACCUAGCGGAAA